CCUGGUAACCUAUAUGCUCAGCUUGUCUAUGAAGCUUACGCUCUUCACUAUACUGUGCCUCUUCGUCAUCACGCUCGUGCCACAGCUAUCGGGAGCCUUUUACCAGAAUCUGGCCAGGCAGGUCCAGGAAUCCCUCUCAAAAGUCAAUCAGGUGGCUCUGGAACAUUCUCUAACAUGAAGACAGUGCGUAGCUUUGCCAACGAGGAGGGCGAGUGUCUACGACAUGAGACAAAGCUCAAGGAUACCUACCAGCUGAAUAGGAAGGAGUCCAUGGCGUAUGCUUUCAGUGCAAUGGCCAACAGCUUUGUAGGUCUGGCUCUCAAGGUGGGCAUUCUGUAUUUCGGUGGAAGGCUAGUGACGAAGGGAGAGGUCAGCGGAGGAGAACUGGUGUCUUUUGUG